GUCAAGAACCUCACAGAGGAGAUGGCCGGGCUGGAUGAGACUAUUGCCAAGCUGACAAAGGAGAAGAAGGCCCUGCAAGAAGCUCACCAGCAAGCGCUGGAUGACCUGCAGGCGGAGGAGGACAAGGUCAACACCUUGACAAAGGCCAAAGUUAAGCUGGAACAGCAGGCGGACGACCUCGAAGGCUCCCUGGAGCAGGAGAAGAAGAUCCGGAUGGACCUGGAACGGGCCAAGAGGAAGCUGGAAGGUGACUUGAAGCUGACCCAGGAGAACAUAAUGGACCUGGAGAAUGACAAGCAGCAGCUGGAGGAGAAGCUGAAGAAGAAAGAGUUUGAGAUCCACCAGCAGAACAGCAAGAUCGAGGAUGAGCAGGCACUGGCCCUGCAGCUCCAGAAGAAGCUGAAGGAGCUGCAG